UGACUGUUCGAGUCGUCUCCCUCCUCUCUCUCUCUCUCUCUCUCUCUCUCUCUCUCUCCCACUCUGCUCUCUACACCGCCGUUCAAAAUUCGAAUCCAGAAUUCUCCAAGCUUUCCUUAAACCGUCCGCUCCCCAUCGACCUCCCCCUCGUGCUCGCCUCGCCCGUUGCGCGUUCAAAUUUCGAAUCCCUCCUCCUCCGGCGCCCAAGCCCUAGCUCGAUUCCUCCUCCUCCUCCUCGACCGCCUGCCACCAUGAGCGCCGCCGCCGCGCCAGCCGCCAUGGGCAGCGGCAAGGAGCUCGCGAACCCGCCCUCCGACGGGAUCUCCAACCUCCGCUUCUCCAACCACAGCAACAACCUCCUCGUCUCCUCGUGGGACAAGACGGUGCGGCUCUACGACGCCGACGCCAACGUGCUCAAGGGGGAGUUCGUGCACCCCGGGGCCGUCCUCGACUGCUGCUUCCACGACGACUCCUCGGGGUUCAGCGCCGGAGCCGACCACACCGUGCGGAGGCUAGUAUUUAGUUCAUCCAAAGAAGAUGUUCUGGGGCGACAUGAUGGUCCAGUUCGUUGCAUGGAAUACUCGUAUGCUGCAGGACAAGUCAUCACUGGCAGCUGGGAUAAAACUGUUAAAUGCUGGGAUCCAAGAGGAGUGAGUGGGCCAGAGCGUACACUUGUCGGGACAUAUACUCAACCAGAGCGUGUAUACUCUCUGUCAUUAGUAGGAAAUAGGUUGGUUGUUGCAACAGCAGGGAGGCAUGUCAAUAUUUAUGAUUUGCGCAAUAUGUCUCAACCUGAGCAAAAGAGAGACUCGUCUUUGAAAUAUCAAACACGAUGCGUUCGAUGUUUCCCAAACGGAACAGGAUAUGCUCUAAGUUCUGUAGAAGGGCGAGUUUCUAUGGAAUUCUUUGAUCUAUCUGAGUCUGCACAAUCUAAAAAGUAUGCUUUCAAGUGUCACCGAAAAUCUGAAGCUGGGCGGGACACUGUUUAUCCUGUUAAUGCAAUUGCCUUCCAUCCGAUAUAUGGAACAUUUGCCACUGGAGGUUGUGAUGGAUUUGUGAAUGUGUGGGAUGGCAUUAACAAGAAAAGACUGUAUCAGUACUCAAAGUACGCAUCAAGCAUCGCUGCUCUUUCAUUCAGUAAGGAUGGCCAUCUGCUUGCUGUGGCAUCCAGCUACACUUACGAAGAGGGAGAAAAAUCGCAUGAGCCUGAUGCAAUAUUCAUCAGGACGGUGAAUGAAGUCGAGGUAAAACCGAAGCCCAAGGCAUUGGCCGCUCCACAGUAGUAUUGUAAUCAGUUGGUGACAGUAUCAGUCAGAUGGUUAGAUGAUCCUUACUUCUCUUGAUGUCAAUUACGUUAGUUGACGCAGAGCUUGAUUAUGUUGAGGUGGAAUGUCAGUAUCUUAAUCCAUCUACUGCCCAAUUGUGCCCGUGGAAACAUUUCAUGUUCCAGCUGAUUGUAUAUUUCGAUAGAGACUGUGUUUUAGUUCAUUUUGAUUCUAUGUUGACUUGAAGUUAUUUGUUUCUCAAUUUUAGUGAGUUUGGAACUCUGGAGGAAAGAAAAAUCCUGGCAUGUAGCAUCUAUAUCAAUUUA